UAACUAUUUGACAAACUUAAAAUUCAAAAAUUGUGGCGGAAUAAAAAUUUCCGUGGCAGUCCUUUCGUGGUAGAUAUACACCUCUAAAUUCCAGUUUUUCACCGGCAAAAUGAGGGAAUGUAUAUCCGUUCAUAUUGGCCAAGCUGGGGUCCAAAUAGGUAAUUCCACGUGGGAACUAUACUGCCUGGAACAUGGAAUACAACCAGAUGGUACUAUCAGCGUACAGAAGGAAGUUGCGUCUGACAAUUGCUAUGGAACAUUCUUUUCUGAAGUAGAAAAUGGGAAGUUAGUACCUAGAGCUGUGAUGGUAGACCUAGAACCUACCGUAGUCGAUGAAGUACGUACGGGCUACUACAAGAAACUCUACCAUCCAGAACAACUCAUAACGGGCAAGGAAGACGCAGCUAACAACUACGCCAGAGGCCACUACAGCAUUGGUAAGGAAAUGCUGAACAUUGUUAUGGAACGACUGUACAAGCUAGCGGAAAAUUGUCACGGAUUGCAAGGCUUCUUCGUUUUCCAUUCCUUUGGAGGCGGUACUGGCUCUGGAUUCUCAUCUCUGUUGAUGGAAAAGUUGUCGCAGGACUUUGGGAAGAAGAGCAAACUGGAAUUCGUGGUCUAUCCAGCUCCCCAGGUGUGCACGGCUGUAGUGGAGCCUUACAACUCGAUACUUACCACCCAUUCUACCUUGAGCCACUCAGACUGUGCCUUUAUGGUAGACAAUGAGGCCAUCUACGAUAUAUGUAGACGAAAGUUAGGCAUAGAACGACCCGAUUAUAUCAAUUUGAAUAGGCUCAUCAGCCAAGUGGUGUCAUCGAUUACAGCGUCUUUAAGGUUCGACGGUGCCCUUAAUGUAGACCUAACGGAAUUCCAGACCAAUUUGGUGCCUUAUCCGAGGAUACACUUCCCUCUGGCCUCCUACGCGCCUGUCGUGUCUUCUGAAAAGGCCUAUCACGAAGGAAUGUCGGUGGCAGAGAUAACCGCCGAGCUUUUCGAACCGACGAACCAGAUGGUGAAAUGCGAUCCCAGAGAAGGCAAAUACAUGGCGUGUUGCCUUCUCUACCGGGGCGACGUCGUGCCAAAAGACGUAAACGCGUCCAUAGCCCAGAUGAAGGCGAAGAGCAACGUAAGGUUCGUCGACUGGUGCCCCACGGGCUUCAAGGUGGGAAUAAACUACCAGCCGCCCACAGUGGUGGAAGGCGGCGACCUGGCAGGCGUCCAAAGGGCAGUCUGCAUGCUCUCCAACACCACAGCCAUAGAAUCGGCAUGGAAGAAACUGAACAAGAAGUUCGACUUGAUGUACGCCAAACGUGCCUUCGUUCACUGGUACAUCGGCGAGGGAAUGGAGGAAGGCGAGUUUGGAGAGGCGAGGGAGAACCUGGCGACGCUGGAGAAGGAUUACCAGGAAGUGGCGGCGGAAACUAUGGAUUUUGCCAGUUCGGAAGAACCCGAGGCGAAAACGGAUUGACGGGAUUGGAAA